UUUCCGCAGACGCUUUAUUGCAUUCAAACCUUCUAUAAGAAACUUUUUUCGCAUCAAAAAAUGCACAAGUCGUUUAGGCUAUGUUCAACCAUUUUCACUGUGCUUUGCUCUCCCAUAAUACUCAUACACAGGACGUCUUCUGAAACACUGACUGAUAAUGGUGGAAACCUGAACAUUAUAGAGGUACUGAAUACAACUGAAGAUCUUUGGCUGUACUGGGAAACUUCGAAAAAUGAUUAUGCUGAAGUCCUAAAAGAUUUUACGAUCAACGAGACUAUGACUUGCAUCCGUAACCGGAUGAAGAGUAUUUCGUGGGAAAAUUACUACUUCCAGCAGACUUAUCUGCUGCAGGGCAAAAUACGUGGUGACUCGGUGCCCCCCGUAACUGAAACCGAAGAUUACAAAGGGGUAUUUGUAAACGACACAAAUCCGCCUAAAUCCAUGACAGUGUACGACGACGAUGAAGAACCCCCAAUGCCAGUGAAGCGCAUGACUCUCCAGUACACUGAAGAUGACGGUACUUUCGGAUGUAGCGUGUUUUUCACCUUUCCUGUAGACAAUGCCAUUACAGACAGUAAGUGA